AUGGGAGGGCAGGGCAGGCAGAUUGGGGGUCUGGCGUUGUGCCUGAUAGGAGUUAUAGGCGUGUGUGUGGCAUGUGGACUGCCGAUGUGGCGUGAAACGUCUUUUGUGGGAGCCAAUGUUGUGACUGCACAAUCGGUGUGGGAUGGCCUGUGGUUCCACUGUAUUGUGCAGGCAACGGGUCAGAUGCAGUGUAAGAGGCACACAUCAACCGUCACCAUGACCUCUGACAUCCAGGCGGGACGCGCCCUCACCUUGCUGUCCAUCCUUACCGGCCUGCUGGGCUUCACUGUGACCCUCCUGGGUGGUGGGGUAGCCAACUGCAGCGGAGCCCCACCCGACCACACAGAGCCUCAAUCCACCUCAUCCUCCAAAAACAAGCUGUUUGUCCUAAAGGCAGCUCUGCUGGGUGGAGCUCUGUGUAUCCUGUCCGCCGUCCUGUGCCUGGUUUCUGUCAGCUGGUCCGCAGGCAACACCAUCUCCAUCUACAACGACCCUUUGGUGAUCUCGGCCAUGAAGAGGGAGGUGGGCUCCUCCAUCUACAUAGGCUGGGCCUCCUCUGUCCUGCUGCUCCUCGGUGGGGCUCUCAUCUGCUUUGUCUGCAGGGGCAAGGAGCGCUCCCACCCGCCCUUCCACAGCUACAUGCCAUACAGCUCCAGCUCCAGCACCAGCUUCAGUGACAGGUCGUCCCGCACAGCCACAGUGAGGACAGACAUCAUCAGGCAGAAGAAUUCACCCGGUCAAGGAUCAGAUGGGGGAAGACGUAACUCACUGAAUAAAGCACAGAUCGGGGUUGGGGUGUAUGACCAGGCUCACGGGACAAUCAUGGGACCUCAACCAAAUCAUGGGGUGCUAGUUGAAAACAAGUGA